UGCGCAUCCGCGGCGGGCGGGACUUCCGGCCUCGUCCCCGCUGCGGGGUUGUAGUCCCAGUUUAGGUCUGUUUAUCUCAUCGGGUUUGGGACUGCGGGUCCGGAUCGUGGUAACUGACGCUGAAGACGCGAGUAGCGGCGCGUCCUCGCCGCACACACUUGAGCCCGGGUGUCCACUACCCUCUGGCCCGCUUCUGGCCCGCCGAGUCCGAUGGCGGCGGCCGUGCCCAAGGACCCGUCUGAGUGUGGUGUGACCUUUGAGGACGUGGCCGUGUACUUCUCCUGGAAGGAGUGGAGGCUUCUUGAUGAGGCUCAGAGACGGCUGUACCACCAUGUGAUGCUGGAGAACUUUGCACUUGUAUCGUCACUGGGUUGCUGCUGUGGAGCAGAGGAUGAGGAGGCCCCCUUUGCACAGAGCGCUUCUGUAGGCGUUUCACAGACCUGGACGCCCAGGGCUGCUCUGUCUUCCCGGAAGACCCACCCCUGUGAGAUGUGCGGUCCCGUCUUGAGAGACAUUUUCCACUUGGCUGAGCUCCAGGGGAAAGAAAACAGCCAGAAAUGGUUGAGGUGUGGGGCCUGCGGGAAACAAUUUUCUUUCAGUGUGAAGAUGGAGCAGCAGCAGCAGCAGGAGCAGCCCGCGGGAGCAAAACCAUUCAGAAGCCGUGUGGACAGGGCCUCUGCUGUCAAGAGCUGGGGAUCCGGUGGUUCGGGAAAGCCCUUUACCUGUGGAGAGGUUGAGAAGGACUUGCUGUCUGGCUCGGGGCAUCUGGGGCAAGAGGCCACUCUUACUGGGGAGAAGCCACAUUCGAUCCCCCACUGCAGGGCAACGUUACGACACGGAAGCAGUCAUGGCACUUGGGACCAAUGUAAGAACGCUUUUGGUCCCAAACACACGGAUACACGGGAGCAGGGUGUCCACCUUGGUAGACAGUCCUUUGUGUGCAGUGAAUGUGGGAAAACUUUCAGGUACAAAUCCUUAUUUGCCAUACACCAGAGAUACCAUACUGGAGCACGACAUCAUGAGUUUGGUCCAUGUGGAAAAUCCCUUGGGCAACAACCAACCCUGAAUGAGCAAGGGAAGACUCAGGGUGGAUCCGGGCAGUACACCUGCAGCAAAUGUGGGAAAUCUUUAGGCCCUGAAUCUGUCUUCCUUCAUCCCCAGAAAUGGCAUAGUGGAGUGGAGAGUUAUGUUUGCAGCGGGUGUGCAAAAUCUCUUAGCGGUAGCUCAGUGUUGCUUACUCAUAGUGUCCAGUCUGGAGAUCCGUUGUAUAAGUGUCAUAGUUGUGCAAAAUCUUUUCCGUCUAUUUCUGCCCUCUCAGAUCAUGAGAGAUCUCAUGCAGGGCAAAGACGGUAUGAAUGCAGUGAUUGUGGGAAAUCUGUUACCAGUAGUUCUGGCCUCCGUUCUCAUCAGAGAGUUCACACUGGAGAAAGGCCUUAUAAAUGCCAUGAAUGUGGGAAAUCUUUUGCUGGUAGUUCUUCACUACGUUAUCACCAGACAAUUCACAGUGGAAUUAGGCCUUACGAGUGCAGCGAAUGUGGGAAAUCUUUUGCUGGUAGUUUUGUCUUACGUUAUCAUCAGAGAGUUCACACUGGUGAAAGGCCUUAUGCGUGCAGUGAAUGUGGCAAAUCCUUUAUCCGAAAAACUAGCCUCAGUGUACACAUAAAAGUUCACUCAGGUGAAAGGCCUUAUGAAUGUAAUGAAUGUGGGAAAAAUUUCACUGCUAGUUCUGCCCUCCUUCAUCAUCAGAGAGUUCAUACUGGAGAACGGCCAUUUGAGUGCUGUGAAUGUGGGAAAUCUUACACUGCUCGUUCUGCCCUCCGUUCUCACCAGAGACUUCACACAGGAGAAAGGCCUUAUGAGUGUCGCGAAUGUGGGAAAUCUUUUACUUUUAGUUCUGCCCUAUCUUCUCACCGGAGACUUCAUACUGGGCAAAGGCGUUAUGAGUGCUAUGAAUGUGGGAAAUCUUACACUGCUAGUUCUACCCUCCGUUCUCACCAGAGACUUCACACUGGAGAACGUCCUUACAAGUGCCGUGAAUGUGGGAAAUCUUUUACUAGUAGUUCUGCUCUCCGUUAUCACCAGAGACUUCACACUGGAGAACGUCCUUAUGAGUGCCGUGAAUGUGGGAAAUGUUUUAUCACUAGUAAUCAACGUCGUUCUCACCAGAGAGUUCACAGUGGAGAGAGGCCUUAUGAAUGCCCUGAAUGUGGCAAAUCAUUUCCCCGAAAAGGUAGCCUCAGUAUACACAAAAUGGUUCACUCAGGUGACCGGCCUUAUGAGUGUAAUGAAUGUGGGAAAUCAUUUAUUGCUAGUUCUGCCCUCCGUCGUCACCAGAGAGUCCACACUGGAGAAAGGCCUUAUGAGUGCCAUGAAUGUGGGAAAUCAUUUACUGCUAGUUCUGCCCUCCGUUAUCACCAGAGACUUCAUACUGGACAAAAGCCUUAUGAGUGCCGUGUAUGUGGGAAAUCUUUUAUCACUAGUAAUCAACAUCGUGCUCACCAGAGUGUUCACAGCGGUGAGAGGCCUUAUGAGUGCAGUGAAUGUGGCAAAUCCUUUCCCCGAAAAGAUAGCCUCAGUGUACACAAAAAGGUUCACUCAGGUAAACGGCCUUAUGAGUGUAGUGAAUGUGGGAAAUCAUUCACUGCUAGUUCUGCCCUCCAUCGUCACCAGAGACGUCACACUGGAGAAAGGCCUUAGAGUGUCGUGAAUGUGGGAAAUCUUUUUAUUAGUCAUAAUGGUUUGAGACAUCAUUACGGCCUUCACACUGCAGGAAGGAUUUAAAACAGCACAGGUGAUACUUCUUGCUUGGUGGCGUUUAGGCUGGAGGACAACCUCUGAAUUGACUGUGGUUCCUCUGAAUGUCCCCAGUGCAGUGACUUCCCAUAAGAUCCAGCCAUUUGCAGAAAAAUUCGGAACCUGCAUAGUCCUUUCUGAUGUGGGUGCAGUCACCGCAAGAUGGAAGUCACUGGCAGCGUCUGGCACCUGGCAGUUCCUGGUGUGCGUACAUCACCACCCCAACAUGGUUAAUGAUGCCGAGCUGUUCACGUUCUCAACUGCUCAUCCAAAUUCUGGGUACCUGGAACCUCUCGUUCCAUUCCCACUUAGGGCAGGGAUGUGACCAGUGUUGAUCCACAGUGGGCGAUGUGAGUUCUGGGUGGUGACUCGCACAGGAA